CACGACUACUCCGGGGGCAUUCUAGUAGGUGUUGCUAGACUGUGAAUACAGCGCUUACAGCCUGAGCCUACUUCGCUGAGGAGAAUGCGCGCGCAGCCGGGGACUACGGCUGACGGAUGGGGGCGUGGUGCUGAGUGACGGCUAGAGCGUUAUCGCAGGCAGGUGGCGCUGCUGAGUGCGCUGAAGGUCUCCAGCCUGGGACAAGCCGAGCAGCCUGUAUAGCACAUAUACUACUACAGCCAAUGCAGACAUAACAACAACCCGUGGAUUAAAUGUGCAGCAGGCGGAGAAGGAGGAAAAGCAAGGAGACUCAACGUUUCGUUCUCCUCCUCCCCUGGGGGAAGCAGGGACCUAUAACACCUCCUCGGGGUAGAGGCUACGGCUGAGCCCCCCUGAGAAAUUACUGGGAGUUGAUUGGACUUUAUCCACUGUGUGACCUCGCACUGGGCCUGCCUCUGAGACAUUGUCACUAUGGCAGUGUGGAUUCAGGCACAGCAGCUCCAGGGCGAUGCCUUACGGCAGAUGCAGGCUUUGUAUGGACAGCAUUUCCCUAUAGAAGUUCGACAUUACCUGUCACAUUGGAUAGAGGCUCAGUCAUGGGACUCGGUGGACCCAGAGAACCCACAGGACAGCAUGAAAGCCACACAGCUGCUGGAAGGGCUGGUCCAGGAGCUGCAGAAGAAAGCGGAGCAUCAAGUAGGCGAGGAUGGGUUCUUACUGAAGAUUAAACUUGGCCAUUAUGCUACGCAGUUCAAGAAUACGUACGAACGAUGUCCUAUGGAGCUGGUUCGAUGCAUUCGACACAUCUUAUACCAUGAGCAAAGACUAGUGCGUGAAGCCUCUAACUCCAGUUCACCGGUUGGUGGCCUUGUGGACACCCUGUCUCAGAAGCACCUCCAGAUUAAUCAGACAUUUGAAGAGCUGAGACUUAUUACUCAGGACACAGAAAGUGGACUCAAGAAGUUACAACAGACACAAGAGUAUUUCAUUAUCCAGUAUCAGGAGAGCCUGAGAAUUCAGGCUCAGUUCUCGCAGCUGUCACAGCUGAGCCCUCAAGAACGCAUGCCCCGUGAAGCCACGUUACAGCAGCGGCAGGCCUCCUUAGAGGCCUGGCUACAGCGAGAGGCCCAGACUCUGCAGCAGUACAGACUGGAUUUGUCAGAAAAACACCAAAAGACCCUGCAGCUUUUACGCAAGCAGCAAACAAUCAUCUUGGAUGAUGAGCUCAUCCAGUGGAAGAGACGGCAACAGCUUGCAGGAAACGGCGGUCCUCCAGAAGGCAGCUUAGACCUUUUACAGACAUGGUGUGAAAAACUUGCAGAAAUAAUCUGGCAGAACCGACAGCAGAUAAGACGGGCAGAGCACCUGUGCCAACAACUGCCUAUUCCUGGGCCUGUGGAAGAGCUCCUUGCAGAGCUUAAUGCCACCAUCACAGAUAUCAUCUCUGCUUUAGUAACCAGCACAUUUAUCAUUGAAAAGCAGCCUCCACAGGUACUGAAAACACAGACAAAGUUUGCAGCAACAGUUCGGCUGCUGGUGGGUGGAAAACUAAAUGUCCACAUGAACCCACCCCAAGUGAAGGCCACGAUCAUUAGUGAACUACAAGCCAAGGCUCUUCUAAAGAAUGAAAACACACGCAAUGAGAGUAGCGGAGAGAUCCUGAAUAACUGUUGUGUAAUGGAGUACCACCAGGCCACCGGCACGCUAAGCGCACACUUCAGAAACAUGUCCUUGAAGAGGAUCAAGCGUUCAGACCGGCGUGGGGCAGAGUCGGUCACUGAGGAGAAGUUCACUAUAUUGUUUGAGUCACAGUUCAGUGUUGGGGGAAAUGAACUGGUUUUCCAGGUGAAGACCCUCUCUCUCCCUGUUGUUGUAAUUGUCCAUGGGAGUCAGGACAACAAUGCUACAGCAACAGUCUUGUGGGACAAUGCAUUUGCCGAGCCAGGCCGGGUGCCAUUUGUGGUUCCAGACAAAGUUCUUUGGUCUCAGCUAUGUGAGGCUCUGAACAUGAAGUUUAAAGCAGAAGUUCAGAGUAACCGAGGGCUCAGCGAUGAGAAUCUUGUGUUCUUGGCACAGAAACUUUAUAACAACACCAGUAACCACAAGGAUGACUUUAACAACAUGACCGUGUCCUGGGCACAGUUCAACAGGGAGAAUUUGCAAGGCUGGAAUUACACUUUCUGGCAAUGGUUUGAUGGAGUAAUGGAAGUGUUGAAAAAGCACUUAAAGCCUCACUGGAAUGAUGGGGCCAUUCUGGGCUUUGUCAACAAGCAGCAAGCUCAUGAUAUGUUGGUGAACAAAAGAGAUGGAACUUUCCUCCUGCGUUUCAGUGAUUCUGAGAUUGGGGGCAUCACAAUAGCUUGGAAGUUUGAGUUGCCGGAGAGGGCCUUAUGGAACCUGAUGCCAUUUACAAGCCGAGAUUUUUCAGUACGUUCGCUGGCGGACCGACUUGGAGACCUGAACUAUCUCAUCUAUGUAUUUCCUGACAGGCCGAAAGAUGAAGUUUUCUCAAAGUAUUACACCCCAGUGCUCUGCAAUCCUUCAAAAGCAGAUGGAUAUGUCAAGCCAGCCAUAAAGCAAGUGGUUCCAGAGUUUGUGACCUCUGAUGUAAUCCCACCAAGCAGCUACAUGGACCAGGCACCAUCCCCUGCAGUUUGUACCCAGUCACACUAUAACUUGUACCAGCAGAAUCCUGACUCUGUUUUGGAUCCUGAUGGAGACUUUGACCUAGAUGAUAGUAUGGAUGUGGCAAGGCACGUGGAAGAACUGCUCCGAAGACCCCUGGAUAACAGCCAGUGGAUUCCCCAUGCGCAGUCCUGAUGUAGUCCUACCCACGGCUCACUGCCUCCAAAAAUCUAAAUGUGAAUUGUUUUCACAAAAAAUAAUUUGGUAUUUUGUGCAUGGUGAUACAUAGGUUUUAUUUUCUUUUGUUUAUUUUAUGGUACUUUUUUGACAAGAAAACUGUAUCCUCCCAUAUUUUCACUUCUAUUACCCACUUAAAGGUUUUGUCCACAUUUGUACUUGCUCUCACCUCAGGUAAUAUAAGGGGAGGUAAUGCCUGGCCUUCCUUUUUUUUCCUGAAGGUGCAAGUCAUACUGUGCUUUAAACCUGCAGCACAAGACGGGACGCUUUCAGUCUUCAGUUCCAUCUACACGUCGUUUAUAGAGCUGUAUGUAAGUGUUGUAAUGAACAGGAACUGAACAUAAUUAGCCUCCCCGUCCUAAAAGUUUAAAGGCCCGUUAUGGCUGCCAGCCUGUGUUAUGACAGGAGAGGAUUCCUCCAUAUUACAUGGGGUAAGAGUAGGUCCAACAGAGGGUGGACAACCUCUUUAAAGUUCAUUUUGUUUAGGAUUUUUAUCUUUGUCAGUAUAACCUUUACUCUGCUUCAGUGGGUUGUGAAAUGUUGCUGAGCGAUAAGCCACAAGCAGUGUAUAGGCCAUAGUCCUUAGGGAUUCGGAUCAAGCUAAAUGUCAAUCAUGUUUACUUUACAAGAUAUGUAUAGUCUUCUCCUCCAUAUCUGAGCCCCAGUGUGGGAAGAGUUAGAAGAUAACAGAGAGCUAAUAUAAAUAAACCCUACUUAGGGUUAAUUAGGGUUUUAAAGGGAACGUGUCACUAAAUAGCUCUCAAUAAAACCAGCUGACUUGGGAGAUGUGCCCUUGUCAACUGAAUCUAACGGCUUUGGUCCCAUCUUGCUCUGUGGCUGCAUUGCAGAGAAAACAUUGAUUUAAUAAUAUGCAAAUAAGCUCCUGGGUAGAACAAGGGCAUUGCCAUUGCAUCUUGUGGCACCCAGGGGCUCCGCUCGCUCUCCUGCAAGUCGUGGCCUCACCACUUUUUUUACGGACAGGGCCAGACAGUAAAGAGGUAAUCAUGUCUGGCCCAAAAGUUUUACGCCUGCCUUUUUGCUUCAGUGCUUGGCACAGUACAGUACAGAUAUGUCAAACAUUGGCCUCGGCCAAUGUUUGGCGCCCUAGCAGUACAGAAUUCAUAAGCCAUGGCACUUCUGUACUGUACCUGCACCAAACACUAAAGCAAAGGUGCAAGCAUGAGACUUGGAGAUCAAGCGUGUUUACGUCUUCGCUGCCAGGCCCUGUAAGUCAAAAUGCUGGGGCUGUGGCAUAUAGGAAAGUGAGUGGAGGCUCUGGGUGCAACGAGAUGCAAUGGCAGCACUCUCGUUGCACCCAUGGACUAAUUUGCCUUUAAUUAAGAUGCUCUUUUCUCAACAGAGCAAGAUGGGACCAACAGAAUUAGAUUCAACUGACAAGGGCACAUCUCCCAUGUCUGCUGGUUUAUUGAGAGGUAUUUAGUGACAGAUUCCCCUUAAGUUUAUUUAACAUUAAAUAUAUAUAUCUAUAAAAAUAUAUAUACUUCAAAAUAUAACGAACUAUAUGAAUUGUUUCUAUUUUAUUUUUUUCCCUCCACUUUUCUGAAAUGGCCUCAUUUAUUUUGAGCACAAUUGUCAAAAUACCUCCAGUAAUGUAUUUCAGCUCAUGUAAUAUUAUCAUACCAUAUUACAGCCACAACACAAGUGCAGAAUGGCAUGUGACACAAGUGGUAUGGUCCCAUGAAAUCAGUCCUGGAUAGCACUUGCGUCCUGCGAGACUUCUGACUGUACAAAAGUGACCAGCAAACAUCUUUACCACUCUUCAGGCUUCUAGAAAAUAUUAUUCUGUUACAAUCACAUUGUCCAUUCCCAUAAGAUACCUAUUAUAAAGGGGACCCAUCACCAGGUCAGGUUCCCCUUAGUUCAGGGCAUGUUUAGAAAACCCUAUCAAAGCUUAUUGUGUCUACUAAAUCGACCCUGCAGUGUUAAUAAUCUAAAAUUAACUGAAUCAACAAUGCAAAGAGUCCUACAGUCAGAUUGCCAGAGAGUUGUAGUCUAGUCCUACAGUCAGAUUGCCAGAGAGUUGUAGUCUAGUCCUACAGUCAGAUUGCCAGAGAGUUGUAGUCUAGUCCUACAGUCAGAUUGCCAGAGAGUUGUAGUCUAGUCCUACAGUCAGAUUGCCAGUGAGUUGUAGUCUAUUCCUACAGUCAGAUUGCCAGUGAGUUGUAGUCUAGUCCUUCAGUCAGAUUGCCAGAGAGUUGUAGUCUAGUCCUACAGUCAGAUUGCCAGAGAGUUGUAGUCUAGUCCUACAGUCAGAUUGCCAGAGAGUUGUAGUCUAGUCCUACAGUCAGAUUGCCAGAGAGUUGUAGUCUAGUCCUACAGUCAGAUUGCCAGAGAGUUGUAGUCUAGUCCUACAGUCAGAUUGCCAGAGAGUUGUAGUCUAGUCCUACAGUCAGAUUGCCAGAGAGUUGUAGUCUAGUCCUACAGUCAGAUUGCCAGAGAGUUGUAGUCUAGUCCUACAGUCAGAUUGCCAGAGAGUUGUAGUCUAGUCCUACAGUCAGAUUGCCAGAGAGUUGUAGUCUAGUCCUACAGUCAGAUUGCCAGAGAGUUGUAGUCUAGUCCUACAGUCAGAUUGCCAGAGAGUUGUAGUCUAGUCCUACAGUCAGAUUGCCAGAGAGUUGUAGUCUAGUCCUACAGUCAGAUUGCCAGAGAGUUGUAGUCUAGUCCUACAGUCAGAUUGCCAGUGAGUUGUAGUCUAUUCCUACAGUCAGAUUGCCAGUGAGUUGUAGUCUAUUCCUACAGAGAGUUGUAGCCUAGUCCUACAGUCAGAUUGCCAGAAAGUUGCAGUCUAGUCCUACAGUCAGAUCGCCAGCUGUGCCCACUUCUGGGUAGUGGCACAGGAACAGUACCUGCUCCGGUAUUGGAAGCAGAGCCUCUGCACUUACAACGCCACUCAGAACAGCAGCACACACUCAGAAUUGUCGGGGCUAGGCGGGCUGUAUGUCACUGUCAGUCAAGUGGCAGGGGGAUCCUCUUGUAGGCCCUCGCAGCUGGAGAACUCUAUUUGAUGUCAUGAACGAAUUGAUUUGUACAAAUAGAUUCACUCAUCCCUACGUUGAUGAUUUGCAAAUUCGGUCAGGGUAUCGGGUGUCUGACCCCCACCAAUCUAAUAUUGAUGACCUCUCCGGAGGAUAGGGUUAUCAAUAUCUAAAGAGUAGAGAACAACUUUAACAUUUGCUUAUACUAAUGUAUGAAAGAAAAAUUGAAAUCAUGACACAGUGGAUAAGGUUGGCAACCAAUCAGAGCCCAGAUGACGUGUUA